GAAGAACUUGAGAUUAUUGCAGAGAAGCUAUAGGAGUGAAGUGAAGUCUGAAGCAAGGGAAUUGAAGGGAAGGAAUAGAAAGUCCAGGUGGUCAGAGAACUGUUUUGUUUGCUUUCCUUAAGUUUUUGUUGUGGAAUAAGACUGGUCCUGAAAGAGAUUUGGGCAUAGAAAUGAAUACUCCCUAGGCUAGAAAGACAGUCAUCUACCUGUCACAGAACUGAUUACAAUUUAAGAAAGACAUAUUGUUGGCUUAGGAGCUUCUGCUUCUGGACUUAGACCAGGAGGCUGCUGUGCAUCUCUGCUUGUGUGAAAGAGACUCUUGGAUUUGGCUUAAAUUUAAGCCCUAGGAUUGUAAACCCUUCACAAAGGGCUAAAUAAACAAGAUCUCUAUGUACAAGGGCACAAGCACUUACUUCCUCCGUACUUGAAAAACAGCUGAACUCGUCCGUCUGGUUCUGCACUGAGCACAGCUUGGCUGGACUUGACAAUCGAAGCUACCAACUGAAGUGUUUAAAGAACAGUUGAGGCCCAAGUGAACAGAUCAAAAGCCUGUAGAAAGUUACAGAACUGACAGAGUAGGGAACUAUUUCCAAGGUCUCUAUCCACAGGCAGUUUGCCCCUAAGAUGUUAUAGUUUCAAUGAAGAGAGGUUAAGGAAGGACAAUAAGCUAAAUUGCUGCUGUCCAGAAUUACACAUGGUGCCCUCCUGUCUGUUGAAAACUGAAGACUUUUGUAGCAAAACCUCCAGUGUCAAAAUGAAUACAGAUAGCGGUGGGUGUGCUCGCAAACGUGCUGCAAUGUCUGUCAUGUUAACAGCUGUGAAGAGGGUUCAAAGUUCUCCAAACCUAUUGGCUGCAGGGCCUGAUUCUCAGUCUCCAGAUUCAGCUUGGAGAUCUUAUAAUGAUGGUAGUAGAGAGACAUUGAAUGGAGAUGCUAGCAGUUCAUCUCUUGCGGCAAAAGGCUUUAGAAGUGUCCGGCCAAACCUACAAGAGAAAAAAUCACCAACUCAGGCACCUCAGCCACCCCCUAGAAAAGAAAGUUUUUGGAGAACAGAAAUAACUAAUCUCAAAACAAACAGAAUUAAUUUGCAGUCAGUAACAAUCAAGCCAACUAAAAACCUUCCUUCAGAUACUGUCUACUGUACUAACAAGGAGACUGUCCAGAAGACAAUGUCUUCUAAAACAUCUAACACAAGUGCACAAACAAUCACUAAACCACUGGUCUCAGUCUCCAGUGAAAGCACAAGCACCAUAGCUGGCUUUAGUGCUAGUCUUCAUCAAGGGCACAGACAAGGGUCUCAGAAACGUAGAAUUUCUGCCCUAAAAUUAACCCGGACACAAGACCCAACAAAUAGCAUUCCUUGUAAUACACAGCAACAGCCUGAGCCUGUUGAAAUGCCAGCAUUUCCACAAAGACCUGCCUCACCUACCUAUAACUCUGUGCCUGAGAUACACACAGCAUCUCUUUCCAUUCAGAUAGCUCCUAACUUUGACAAUAAAGCAGAGCCUGAAAUCCAAGAACAUCCACCUAAGCUUUCUCCAGACACUUCAAAGAUGCCUUCAAAGGAUAUGGGACAAAAGUCUACAGUUCCUUCUUCUGCACAGUCUGCAGAAUGCCAUGUGCUUGGAAACCAGAAAGUAACUGCCAAUGUGAUGGAGGUAAAUGCUUCACAGACACACAGACAAACUGCAACAGAAGCUUCUCCACUGCCUCCUCCUUCUGUGGUACCAGUUAACAGAACCUCUUUCUCACCAGACAAUGACACCCAUCUAGCAUCAUUUACUUUGCCAGCACUUGAUGAUAUUUUGCCUUCACGCUUUUAUAAAACCCCAGCCCUUUCACAUUUUUCAUAUAAAUGCCCUUUCAUAGCUCCUGAAAAUAUUAUCCACAGGAACGAAACAGCCUCUGUAAUGACAGACUCUGCCAUGAGCGAGUACUCCUCCUGCACAGUGAGUGAGUCCUCCACAGCCAUUCUAGAUGAGCUGCAGACUUGUAACUAUGAUACUACUGACUGUUCUGAAACACCUUCCCCAACCUUGAGCCAGAUGUCUGCUGUGUCAGAUGGUGCCACCUUAACCACCACUGCUGCCACUUCUCAUGCCCAGAUAACAGUGAAUGGGAACUCUGGCACUGCUGCCAGUCCAGUGAGUCAUUUUCAAAGGCCUUUUUCCCCUUCUUCAGCUUACCCUCCACCAGCUUCACUCAAUUCAAACAUUGUUAUCAUGCAGCAUGGCAGGAUGAUGGAAUCCACAGAAACAUACUCACAGCAUGCUCAGGCUGUUGGCAGCAGCACCACCACCAGUACAAUACCAAUCUGUAGAUCUUCAGAGGAAGAGAAGAAAGUCACAGUCAUUAAAGCACCACAUUAUGCAGGGAUUGGCCCGGUAGAUGAAUCUGGAAUCCCAACAGCAAUUAGAACGACAGUUGACAGACCAAAGGAUUGGUAUAAGACCAUGUUCAAGCAAAUCCAUAUGGUUCACAAACCUGAUGAUGACACAGACAUAUAUCACACUCCAUAUGCAUAUAAUACUGGCAGUUACAGCCCAUCCCUUACCGCACAAGCACACCCAGCUGCAAAGACACAGACAUACAGACCAUUGUCCAAAAGCACUUCUGACAAUGGUACUGAUAUCUUUAAGGUUUCAUCUACUAUACCUCCUCCACAAAUACCACCUCCAGUGCCACCACAUCGUCCACGAGACAGGUCAACACCAGAAAAAAAUGACUGGGAUCCUCCAGACAGAAAAGUAGAUACCCGCAAAUUCCGUUCAGAACCAAGGAGUAUUUUUGAAUAUGAGCCAGGGAAGUCAUCAAUUCUUGAACAUGAAAGACCGACCUCCUUAUAUCACUCUUCAACAGACAAAGGCCUGGAAAGACCUUCUAGUUCUGCAAGUACUGCAAGCGACUACAGGAAAAGGAGGAAGUCAGAGCCUGCUGUAAGUCAUCAGAGGGCACACAGCGAUCAAAAUGCAAACAGGCCUAGUCUAGGUCGGGCAGAUACACAAGGCUCAUACAACACCCUCAGAAAACCAUUCACCAGCUCUUCUCCUUCUUCUCCAUCAAAAGCAAAAGGUGGGGAUAUUAGCAGAGUACAUCCAUCCCUGUUCAGUUAUUCAAUGCACAACCACAAUGCCUCAAAUGAGUUAGAUUACUGUAGCACUUACCAACAGCAUUUAGCUGUUCCAAGUGAUUCAAGAAGGGCAGUCAGCUACAAGAAUGGCUGGCAAAUGACUCGUCAGAAUGCAGAAGUCUGGAGCAGCACAGAAGAAACUGCCUCUCCCAAGCGGAAAUCUCGUAGCUGCGAUGAUCUGCUAACAGAUGAUCAUGACAGCUUUGCUGAUGCGCAAGCCAAGUCUGAAAGCAUGGGUUCUCUGUUAUGUGAGGAGGAUUCCAAGGACAGUUGCUCCAUGGUCUGGGCCUCCCCCUAUGUUCCUGACAGUCGCAGUAAUGGUAGGUCAAGGGUUCGUCAUAGAUCAGCCCAUGAUGCACCAGGAUUCCUAAAACUGUACAAAAAAAUGCAUCGUAUCAAUCGCAAAGAUUUAAUGAACUCUGAGGUGAUUUGUUCUGUAAAGUCCAGAAUAUUACAGUAUGAGAAAGAACAGCACAAAAGCAUGCUUCAAGGCUGGAGAGAAUCUUCUACUGAAGAGGUCCCCAGGGACAUGGUUCCUACCAGGAUAUCUGAAUUUGAAAAAUUAAUUCAAAAGUCAAAAUCAAUGCCGAAUCUAGGUGAUGAAACAUUAUCAACAAUAACGCUUGAGCCUCCUAAAAAUGGCUUAUGUCCAAAGAGGCGAUUUUCUAUUGAAUCCUUGCUGGAAGAGGAAAAUCAAGGUAGACAUCCCACUCAGGUACAACGACACUGCAAGCCUAAAACUCUGGUGCCAAUUCAUAUUGAAGUGACCACUGAUGAACCACAAAGAUCUCACAUGGAGUUUUCAGACAGUGACCAAGAUGGAGUGGUCUCUGACCUCAGUGACUUUAUCCAGAUAGAAGGUUCUUCCUUUUGUAGUGAAAGUGACUUUGAUCAUUUUUCCUUCACAUCCUCUGAGAGCUUUUAUGGUUCAGGUCAUCACCACCAUCACCACCACCACCAUCACCACCACCACAGACAUCUCAUCAGUUCCUGCAAAGGUAGAUGCCCAGCAUCCUAUACCCGCUUCACCACCAUGCUAAAACAUGAAAGGGCUAAACAGGAAAGUACUGAAGAUCCAAGGAGACAAGAAGCAGAAUCUGGUCUCUCUAAGAUAGCAUUCCUAGUCAGUCCAGUGCCUUUCCGAAGGAAAAAAAAUGCAACCCCUAAAAAACAGACUGAAAAGACUAAAAGCAAGUCAUCUGUGUUUGAAGCAUUAGACUCUGCUCUCAAAGAUAUCUGCGACCAAAUUAAAGCAGAAAAGAGAAGAGGAAGCUUGCCUGACAACAGUAUAUUGCAUAGACUUAUUACAGAGUUGCUCCCAGACAUUCCAGAAAGGAAUUCAUCUCUGAAAGCUGUUAGAAAGAGUCCCAUGCAACAGCCUUUUCAUCCACUGCCUCAAGAUGGUGCUAUUCAUUGUCCAUUGUACCAGAAUGAUUGUGGAAGAUUACCUCUUAGUGCCUCUUUCCAAGACAUGGAUACAACCAACAACAACAACCAAGACAAUGAUAGUGCACUGUGUUUCCAAGGUGGAUUACCUUCCUUUCCUUUAUUCUUGUGAUUCACUCAUCCAUCCUGUGCCUUUCAUUUUCAACCCCCUAUCAUUUCAUUUUUACUGAGGAUUUCUGCAGUUUAAAAUAAGUGUUCACCACAGAAAGGAUACUGUUUUCCCAUUGAUGUGUCUGAUUAAUAUUAGAGGAAUAAGUUAACUGUCUAUUCACAAAAUUGUAAUAAUCUGGUUAUCAAAUAAUGACAGCAUUAUUUUAGUCACCGAGUUUGGAACAGUGAUUUCCAAUCUGUAAACCAAUGAUCCAUGCUACAAAUUAAACAAAGCCCUGUUUUUAAUAAUUGGGUCCCUAAGAGAAGAGAUUUUUUAGACAAUUGAAAGGGUUUCACAAUAAAAAAAAUAUGCAUUGUAAAGUGAUGGACAAACAGAAAACAAUGUGGUGAAAGCCUUCAUUGCAUUUCUAUUAAUGAACUAUGCAUUCCAUAACAAAAUUAAUAAUAUGUUACACCAACUAUGUCAGUGUAUACAACUGUCAAAAGCUGAGACAUGCUUACUGUGUCCAUUUUUGUACAACUUGAUCAAAGCUGCACGUGCAAUUUUUGUGAAUAGACCCUUAGUCCAUGAAUAAUAAAGAUUCCAUUUUCACUGAGCAAAUGAUGCAAGUUGCAAUUCCAUGGCAACAAAGCUAGAUCUUUUAAUUUAAUUUACAUGUUAACAGUUGCCUUAUCUUUUUCAAAGUGCAAAGUAGAAAAGGAAAAUUAACUAAACUAAAGGACACUGUGAAGGUGACUAUGAAAAAAACCUGAUCCAUCUUGACCGUGAUCCUCUUUUAAAGCUAAUAUAAAGUUAAUUGCUAUCAUCUUGAUAAGUUUAUUGUUAACUUCUGUUUAAAGGAGAAUCAUUGCAUGAAUUUAAAAUAUUUCAAGUGAAUUAAUUCAAUGAAAAUGUAUAUGGCCGUUCCUGAAAUCAUAAAAUUGAUGUGGAGAAAACUAAGACUAUUAUACACGUUGUGCAGUAUCGUCAUUUGUGCUCCUCUUGUCUUGCCUUUAAUUUUCACAUUCUUUUCUGUAAGUUUUGCUAGUGCCACAUUUGGAAAAAAUUAUCAAAGAUGCUGCCAUUCUGUCUCAACUUGUAAAACCAAAUGCAGAGAGUAAAAACAACAGAUUCAGUAAAAACACCUAAUAAUACAAUUUAUAGUUUUACUAGUCAUGUUUUUGAGACAUGGUAAUUAUUUAUACGUCUCAUUGAAAUGCAAUGAGUCAUUAUAAAUAGAACUAGAAAAUGUGUACACAAAGACCCAGAUUCAGUUUCUGCUUGCAUCAGCAAAAAUCUGAAGUAAUGAUAAUUGCUAGAUAGUUAUUAGGCUUUCUCUAGAUGUACAGUAAUAUAACUACAAACAGUAUUUGGCUCUAAUUUUGAAAUUCAGCUCAAAAUAUGGUUUCUGCUAGAAAUAAUAGUCACAGAAAGUCCGGCAUGGUCUCCUAGAGUUGUAUGUUUCUUGUAUAAAAUCAUUCUAUAACCAGUGGUAUUUUCAGUGAAGUUGUAUUUCACAUUUUGGCCUUCUGGUUAUCAGCAAGCUCUCACCCUUUGCGAUACUUAUGUGCAAGGGUUGGAAAAGGUGCAAGAGCCUCUUUCCUCCAACAUAACCCAAAACCAAAAUUUCUUUGCUUUCUGCAAAACUGUGGUGAAAGGUAGUAUGACUAGCCCUCUUGCCCAUCCAUCAUGUUCUCUCAGGUGUCUGCCUGUCCAAUAGAGUUAGAGAACAAACAAGGGAACCCCUUAGAGCAGGGGCUGCCAGCCUGUCACAUGUGUGCCACAGUUGGAAUGGGGACCACCUCAGUGUGUGAUGUGCAGAAGAUCAGAAAGAGGGCAGGCAGCACAGAAGCAGAUAAAACAGAGAGCAGAAAGUAGAACAGUAGAUCAGGCAUGGAACACAUAGUAAGAAGCAGAAAGCAAAGCAACAGAUCAGGUAGGGAGCAGAGGGCAGAGAGCAGAGUGGCACAUAAAGCAGAAGGAAGGGAUUGGAGUGGCAUUCAGAGAGGACACGGGGCUUAACUUGUUGUACACCUGCCAAAAAAGUUUGCCCCCACUGUCUUAGAGCAUCCAAGCAAGAAGAGAACAGGACACUGAACAGAAACUCACUCACUAUAAGGUAUGAUCGACUUUUCAGCAGCAGGCCUUUGGACAGCAGAUACAACUCCAGUUUGGAGCAGUAGCAAGGUGUUUCUACAGACUGCACUGCCCCUAGCCUCUCCAGACAUUUUCUCCUGCAUAGGUAGAAUGGCUCAGCAGCUUUCUCAUUGAGUGCUAUUACUUUGCUCCCAUUCAGAUGAAAUGAUUGCAAUGGCAGUUUCUUAGCACAUGGUAACCAAUGUGUGUUACCCAGGUAUUUCAUUUACUUAUAUCACAGAUCAGAAUAAGCAUACUAUUAUGAUAAUAAAAG